AUGAAGAUUAAAGACGCGGACCACUGCCCAUAUUGGCAUAUUGCCAUUGAUGAGAAUAGAGUCAGAAUGUCAUUGCUCUCGCCCGCCUCACAGCCAUAUGACGACAAGCAUGAGUCUAUAAGAUCGGUUCUAGCAAAGGAUUUUAGAGGAGAGUCACGAGGAUUUGCUUUCAUUGAGUUUCAAACCGAGGAUAGUGCUGGACGAGCCAUGGUUCACUUCAACGGAAGGUUAAUAGGUCAGAAGAUUCUAGACGUUGAGAGGACACUCACGGUCGAAGAAGGUCGAGGCAUAUGAUAUGAUACUCUCACGUGGGUUACAG